AGGGCAGAGAACCUUUUAUCCAGAUUUGUGUUUGCUCAUUUCAUUUAUAAACCGGAGCACAGUCAUUUGGUUGAAGAGAAGACAAGUUGAGGAACCAGAUUAACAGGUACGAGACAACAACACAACGCAUUCCCCUCCUCCUGACAGGACCAUGAUCAUCUUCCCAGCGCUGUCCCUGGCGGCCUCCUUCCUCCUCUCACUCCUCUUCUUCCUCUCUAUCUGGAGAAAGCAGAAGAAAUACCAGUUCCUACCCCCAGGACCGGCUCCGCUCCCUCUUCUGGGGACCCCCAAUUAUGUUGGACUCCAUAAUGCCUGCAAAUACUAUCCAGAGCUCCAGAAGAAGUACGGUCCCAUAUUCACCGUCUGGAAACUGACGCGCCCUGUGGUGGUUCUCUGCGGCUAUGAGGUGGUGAAAGACGCUCUGGUGAAUCACGGCGAUGAGUUUAGUGGGCGCCCGUUACUCCCAGUGCAUGAUCGCUACUCUGGAGGAUACAGUUUAAGCACACCUCAUAUGGAGAGGUGGCGCCAGCUGCGCAGAUUCACAAUAGCCUCACUCAGGAAUUUUGGGAUGGGGAAGACGGUCAUGGAAAAACGGGUGUUGGAGGAGUCCCAGAGUCUCAUCCAAGCUGUGUCACAGACAGGAGGGAAGCCCUUCAACCCUGUUAACCUACUGGCCUGCGCUGUAGCAAACGUCACCAGCUACGCGCUGAUGGGGGAACACUUUGACUAUGAGGAUCCAAAGUUACAGGAACUUAUUAUAACUACGAGAAAGUUUAUACUGAAUACUCACCACCCCUUACAUGAGUUUGUGAACACGUUCCCGAUUCUCAUGGAUGUACCAAUUCUCAAGCAGAAACUCUUCAAAGAGAGCUCGGAGCUAAAAUCAUUUGUCAAAAAAUACAUCGAGCAACACAAGAAGACCCUAAGUCCUGGGUCACCCAGAGACUUCAUCGACUACUUCCUGGAGAAGAUAAAAGAGGAGGAACAUUUGCCGGGGAGUAAUUUCUGUGAUAAGAGCCUCCUAGUAACGGUCAUAGGGCUGCUCGCAGCUGGAAUGGAAACCACAAGUUCUACCUUGAAAUUCUGUCUGGUUGUGGCCAGCAAUUACCCAGAUGUGCAAAGGAAAGUCCAGCAGGAGAUUGAUGAGGUGACAGAGUCGCAGCGCUCACCUGGGAUCAUGGACCGGGCACAGAUGCCAUACACUAACGCCGUGGUGCAUGAGAUACAGAGGGUCUUAGACCUGGCACCUGUGGCUCAUUACCACUCUAUGACCAAAGACACUCAGUUUCGAGGAUACACUAUCCCUAAGGGAACGAUAGUGAUCCCAUUCAUUUCCUCAGUGCUAUCUGACCCCACCCAGUGGGAGACCCCCAAUGAGUUCAACCCAGGGCACUUUCUUGAUGACAACGGGCAAUUUCGUCCAAGACCAGCGUUUAUGGCGUUUUCAGCAGGGAAACGUAUCUGUGCUGGAGAGAGCCUGGCUCGGAUGGAGGUCUUCCUGAUCUUCUCUGCGCUGCUCCAGAAAUUCACCUUCUCCCAGCCCCCCGGAACCUCGCGCCAGGACUGUAAGCAGCUGCAACAGAACAAGGUUGCAAAUCGAUUUUUCUCCCAGCUCUGCGCUACACCUCGCUCCCUGUCACCCUAGGGACCUCUAUGCCUUGGCCAAAGAGCAAGCACUCUACAGACACCAGGCAUGUGAUGUCACUCAGGUGGCCAAGAAGAGUCUUCCUCAACUGCUGUGUUUUUAGGACACACUAUAUUAUACUAUCACCAAUUAAUUAAUUAAGUUAAAUAAAUACCCACUGGGAUUUAAGGGUGUGGUAUGGAAGGUCGACCACACUUAGGUCGACAGUGUCUAGGUCGACCAGUAUUGGUAGACAGUAACUAGUUCAACAGGGAUUCUAGGUCGGCAGGGUUUUAGUGCAUUGUGUCCCCUCACAUGGCACGCUAGCCCGCCAUGCUUUGGGCAAUGUUACUAUUCCCAAUCGAAGUCCACGUGGAUCGUAAAGUAUGAAAAAAAACUAGAACAUGUUGACCUAGGGACCCUGUUGACCUAGAAACUCUGUCGACCUAGUUACUGUUGACCAAUAGUGGUCGACCUAGAGACCGGAUACCGUAGUUAAAGGGUUCCAGAUGAUUAUUUCUCUGAUUUAUUUCCUAAUUAUUUAAUACUAAUGAAAAUAAUUAAGAUAAAGAUGGUGGUGAUGAUGAUGAUGGUGUGUUUGCUGCUGCAGAUGGUGAUGAUGACGAUGGUGUGUUUGCUGCUGCUGUUGCAGCUGAUGAUGAUGGUGUGUUUGCUGUUGAUAUGAUG